AUGAGGGCUAAUUCUGAUCAAACAUUUGUGGAGGUGAAAGUCGAGAUUUCCAACAUCAGGGCGACAGGGUUACAUCAAUUCGAAAGGAAAGUUUUCGAAAAUCCAAUUUCCAAUGAAGAUGUGGUAUUGAAUGUGAACGGUGAGAAGCUUCACUGCCACAGUCAGAUUCUAUCUUGGAACUCCAAGGUCUUCAAAGCUGUAAUCCAGAAGAGCAGAGCUUCAUGUGAGAUUUUUUUGGAGGAAGGAAUUCCAGUCGAAGAUCUUCGCGAGCUUCUUCAUUACAUUUACUUCCCCUUGGAGGCAGUCGAUGAACACAACUUCAGGCAGUUGCUUCAUUGGGGGAAGAAAUUCGAAGUGAAUCAUAUUGUUCAAUUGUGCCAACAGUUUAUGGAAUCAGUGUUGAGGAACCCUAUUACAACUGAAGAGGGCAAACUAGAGAUCUUCUUGUUGUCUUGGAAAUACUUCGUUGAACCUUUAAAGGUGGUUUCUGGCGAAGUCGUUUUUCCUAGUAAGCCUCCUGAUUUGAUGUCAACGCUUAGUAAAUGUGAAAUCUAUCAGUCGACAAAGGAAACAGAGAAACUAGAGAUGUGGAACUUUCUUUUUGGAAAGCUUUACUCUUAUUAG